AUGAAUUGGAUCGGCAGACAAUUUAGAGGCGCCAAAGUCAAAACGGCGAGCCUGAAAAGUGGUCCCCCAGAGGACUCGGUCCGGCGGCACCAUCAAACGCCAAACUUUUCAAUUAGGCUUCUCACAACACGCGAGAAGGCUCCCGGUUUAUUUACGACGUCUCGCCGCAUCGAGUGUUUUAUUAGUGGACUGGGACCGGCUCCAAAAGAGUGUCGAAAAGAAUUAUGUUCCUUUUCUUCCGGCCCAAAUAUGUGUUUGUGUUGGUAUAUUUCAUUUUUUUGCUUUUUUUUUUUUGGUCGGCAGAGCUUGCCGGCUUUUCGGGAAUGAAUUUUCUGGAAGGAAUCGGGGAUUUUGGCGGUGGAACGGGUCGAAAAUUUUCAUUGUUUGGUCUUGUCUGAUAGGUUAAUUAAUUGAGCCCGAGUUUCAAUUGUAUUCAAAAAUUAUGCUGAACGAAUAAUUGACUCGACAAAGCCAUUAAACUCUCGUGAAAAACGAGAAAGAAGAUUUUUCCUUCGAAAGAAAAAAAAAGAAGCUUGACUGCGACUCAUGAUGUAGCAAAAUGGCUACCGUAGUACUUGACGUGCCAAAUAUGUCGCCGAUUUUAUUGUCGCUUUUCGCUUUUUACGGGCCACACGUCGAAGCAAUUCCAGCGGCUCGGCUUCAUUUUCUCUCUGAAGCAAACAUGACGACGGCGGCGGAAAGCAGCUGCUUAGAGGAGGGGUCGGGAAGCAGCACAGUUUGAUAUGGAAAUGAGGAUGAGGCGGUGAUAAAUUGUGGUCACUUAGCGACGUCGUCGGCGCCGACGACCUCUUCAAAAGCUCUCGGCGGCUCCGGUGAUUUAUGGCGCCCUGCCGCCGCCGCCGACACUGUUUUGAGUGGGAGGCUCGACGCAAUUAGCGGAGAUCGAAAUCGACGACUUCCGAUUGUGUUUGCUCGUCGUCUUCAAGGUGACGGAGGGACUUCCGGCGUCGGGAAAGUCGAAAAAGAUCUGGCUCGGAGUCAAGGUUUUUCGAGACCUCGUCUUGUCUCGAAUUCCAAAGAUGGGUCUUAGAAAUUUCUUGAUUUGUCAAGGCAGUUCUUCACAAGUUUGUCGAUGUCUUCUCGAACCUAUGAGAAAAAAAUCUCGUCUUUUUUUUUUCGAAUUUUGCUCUUGUCUCGAUCUCAAAAAAGCACAUCUCGAACUAUCCUGCUAAGAGGUGUUGUUUGGAAGGCUUUUGAGUGGAUUUUCAUGAAUAAACAGUUCAACUUAUCAGGAGUUUAAAAUCACAGAUUCCGUAAUGAAAGCUGAUCCAGAAAUCAAAUGCAUCAAAGUUCACGCAUUUAAAUGAAUUCCUUGACUUUAAUGCUCACAUUUUACUUUUAUUGAACACGUCAUGCCUACAAGACUCGAACACUCCUGAAAAAUUCAAGUUCAAACUCCAAAAAAGCUAUCAAACUUUCAUCCCUAUACCACUAGAAGAACUAAAAUGAAGCUAUGCAGAACUAAUUUGCGAAAGAAUUGUUGCAACCCAAAGGAGUGUCCAACCUUCGAAAAAGCCAUUAUGCUGAACAAACACGGGGUCUUAACGAUGAGAGGCGCUCGCAAAUCACAUUCAUUCAUUCCGUUUUCCCAAGGUCUAUUGGUUUGGAUUGGACAAACUUUUCGGAUGGUAUCUGCUUGAUUUUUUGAUGGGGUUCUGCUUGGCAAAUCAUUAUUCGCAGCGGCGGCGGGGGGCUGAUGAGAUGAACACAGCUCAUUCGUUAGUCGUCGUAAAGAAUUUGCAUAACCCGGGCCAUCCUCCUGUAAAUCUCGGACCUUCAACCAUAAACGACCGUCUGUCCUUUUGGCUUUGGUAAACAUAGACACACGUUUAGUUAUUUUUGUGAUUCAUUGAAACUUGGAAAUGUAGGGAUGACAACGGAAUAAUUUCAAAAAUUUAGAAAGUUUUGAGGGAAGAAAAAUUUGAGUUCGGAUUUUGACUUUCUAGUGCCUGUUGAUGACGUAAAAUGACAAUAUUCGAAGAAAAUGGCAAUAAACAGUUUUCAAAACUGUAAUUUUGAGCCGUAUUACCAUUUCAAGAGGCUUUAUCGGACUAUCAUUUAAGAAAGAAGACAAAUUUGGCUAUCAUAUGAAGCCAAGACCAAAGAAAGCAUAGUGCCGCGGAUUGAGAUGACAAAAAAAAUUCAUAUUUUAUUAUGCAAUAGUUUCAUAGACAAAAGGUACAUGCAUACAAUUGGAACAGGCAGACGCAGCUUACAUAGUUGAAACACACUGAUAGGUUAUAUUUAAACUCCAAGUUGCGGUUUCAGAACUCCCGACGGACGACGACGGGUGCGUCCUGUGCCCGGCGUGUGGCGAAAAGCUGCCCGAGGCCGACUGGGCCGUCCACGUCGAGCAGGAGAAGCAGAAGCUCGCCGGCCACAUCAGCAGGUGCGUCGGCGCCGAGGCGUUUCCAGUCGGAAUCGGGUUCAGCGUCAAGGAGCGGAUGCUCUGCGAGCCGUCGUCCAACUCGGAGCAGGUCCGACGCAAGCGAGAGCUCGAGCUCAUGCGCAUCCGCAGCAACCAGCACAAACGGCUCUCUUGUGGGUUUUUGUAUGAUUCUCAGAGACAAUAGGUAAAAAAAUUGAAAAUAUGUCUUGCUGAAUACCUAGUCCUAAGAUAUGACGUCAUAAAUGUGAAGGGACUUUUUGAGCCAUUUCCUAUAACUUUAGCCAGUUAAGGUAGCUGCGUAUCUAAGUAAUGAUGGUUCUUUCUGGUCAACUUGUACAUCCAUCGAUAGGUAGCGCAUUUUUGAAAGCUUCUUCAGUACAUGCGAUCUUGAGAUAAUGUAGAAAAUUUUUGAGUUACGGUAAUUUUUGUGAUUGGAAAAUCGGUUUAAAAAAUUAAAAAAAGCGUUGGCUUGUUCCUACAUAAAAGGAGUACUAGAAAAAGUUGCAGAAGUUUUUUUGUAAGUUCUUUAUUUUGAUAUAUUUCCAGUGAAACGAGGCACGACCGCGCUGAUUCGCGACUGCCUAACCCCGUUCAGCCGACAGGUUUUUUUCUUUGAUUUUUUUCAAUAAAAAUUAUAUCUUAUCAACUAAGAAGGCGAAAAAAUCAGACCUUCAAAUAGAAGAAAUUGGCUGAUUUUUUUCAAAAAUUAGGAAGAAGGACACCAUUUUUCUGGGAAAGUGAACUGAAAUGGCGAAAGAAAGUGUAAAAAUAAUCAUUUCUAGAUUCAAAAUGAAGUUCUAUGAUUUUAGUUUUUCUUAUUCACUACCUCACCACCACAACGCUCCAUUUCUGAAACUCGAAAUUUCCAGUCGAACGAUGAGACUGGCUCGAGUUCUUCGCCCGAAGGGAAGAAAGAAGAUGAUUUCGGCGCCGUCAAAUGCACAACUUGCACGGUUAGUCACUACCGUAGACCGAAAAAAGAAGGAAAAGAAGAACAAUGUGUAUAUUGUGAAGGGACUCGGCAAAACAUGUGAUCUAAAUGAUUGGAGAGCAGUUUAGAGAGAUGGAGAGAAAUUGGAAAGAUAAUGAUUUUGAAAUGAGCGUUAAGAAGUAGUUUUGGCACUUUUUGAUGAUUAGGACAAGUUUAUUUAGUUAUUUUUGAUCUUUCAAAAAGUUCAAUAGUUUGCAUAUGAAACAAUCACUAUAAUGCCGUGUUCAAAGUAAUUUCCGCAAAAUGCAAAACUAUCUCUGAUUCUCCAAAAAUUCAAUUAUCUUUUUCUCUGACGGCUAUUUUGAAUUUCGCGGAAUCAUUUUGAACACGGUAUAAAGAGGUAAACUUGAAAUUUUCAACUAAAUUUUUUUCAAAAAUUAUUUUUUUGACGUGGUGAUCGACACAAUGAGAAGAGGUUUUUCAUUCAAUUUAUAUUAAAAAAUCAAUAAUUGGUGGACUUUUUGUGGAUCUCAAUCUUACAAUCGUCGGUCUGAAAUACAAAAAGAUUGGAAAAUGGCCUAGGAAUUAUCGCAGGAAUGAUUACUGAAAUAGGCUUUUUUGAACCAUCUUAUCAAAUUAUGUCGAUUGUAUUUGCUGGAAAAAAGUGUGCUAGGAAUGGCCGUAAAUGGAUAAUAUCAGUAAUCAGCAAAGUAAUUCAGAUUUUUCAAAAAUUUGUGCGACAGAAAAACUUUUGUUCAGAAGGUCUGCUUUUGGAGCUUUCCAUUAUCUGAAAGAAAAUUCCAAAUAGCACAGGAAGUACGAUUUAAGUGGCCCAGCAUAUAAGGAUUCCUUUUAUAAUAUACUUCAUUCCAUUUCAACCAUAAUAUCAAUAGAAGGUUAUGUUGAUUGCGUCUGCCGAAAAAGUGUGCUAGGACUGGCCGUAAAAGGAUGAGAUACAACUGGGACGGAAGUGAUUUGCAGCGCGUGACAGACUACGGGAUCGUCGUCUCGACGUUCGACAGACCUCGUUGCCAGUCCUGCUUCGACGUCUACCGUACCCAGUCCCUGCUCCUUCCCGCCUCGGUUUGACUUUUUCUUUGAGUUCCAACACAAACAGAAAUAAAAAAUUUAUCUUGAAAACUGAAUUUUGAUCAUUAUCCUUUCGAGCUCAAAAAACUGGACCUUCUUUCUCAUUUCCUGAAUGAAGUAAAAGGAUAUUGUGCUAUGAAAUUUUAUCAUUUCGUAUGUCUUUCUUGGAUUUUUUAGACUCGAGCAGACUUUUUAUCAAGUUCUGAUGAGGUACUAUCCUUUUAAAGUUCUUGAAUCAUCUUGGAGUAUUGUAGAUAAGAAUAUUCUCGGUGAAAGAAACUCAUAUUUUUCGGCUUCUCUUUCAAUUUUCUCCAUAAAUCCGGAAAAGCUUUCAUUUCCUUAUCAAACCCAUAGCGAAACACUGAAGUUUAAAGAAAAACCAAAGCUGGCCCUUCUCUGAUUAGAUUUCCUUACCGGAAGGAUCAACCAACAGAAUCUAAUCUGAUCUUUUCCGACCUGAAUAGGAUCUGUUGUGUGUCUAUGAUUGUGUGGACACCUCCGAGAAAAUGAAGAAGGUGACAAAUGGCAGAGGUGACGACAAAUGAGCCUAGAUGACAGGUGUGAGGUGGGCCAUAGGUAAAAGAGGCCGCGGCGAUGGGUGAUCGAGUGGCGGCGGACCUUCAAACGCACCUUGGACCUCUUGGCUAAUGAGAUUACGCAAAGGAGAAGUGUUAUCGCACAUCCUCCCUUCCACUUGUGUUUAUCUGUUUCGAUUGAUGAGCUGCCGCCGAAAAAGGAGACACACCUGCGCAUCUUAAUCAGCUCUCCUUUUACGGCCACUUCUUCCGUAACUUGCUUCGGCCGCCUCCUCCUCUCGAUUUGCAUAUUCGGACUGGUUUCGUGGGGGCUUGGUAAACAAUUCUCGUUGGAAUGGGAUUCCUUGGGAGAGCUUGAAUCAGGGGGAUCUACCACGUUUACAGUCCUUUUCAGACUUUUUUUUUCCAGGUGAAAGCUUGGAGGGCAAAAAACGGUUUCUGAGGAAUUUUUGAAUGAGUUCAAGGGCUAUGAACUUCUAAAUUACAGCCUAGAGACUGUUGCCUUUUGGAAAUCUCCGGGCCUUUUCAGAACUUUUUCCAGCAAAUUUGUGAAUUUUCAAUCUCCAUUUAUCCAGCCGAACUGAGAAUUUGAGGUUCCCAACGACGCCAAAUUUAAAAUUCCUCAAUUUCUUUCAAGCUUAUCCAAAAAGUAGCUUCCUACAAAACGCGAUUCGGCAAAAAAUUUAUCCUAUUGAAAAUGAAAAGUUUGAAAUUUUUCUCAUUGGUCAAACUCUUCAAAUCAGUCCGGUGGUUUUGAGAAGUGGUAGUUUUUUUACGAUUAUUGGGUCUUUUUUUUUGCAAACUGACCGAAGCCUCAGAUCCUCCUGAGCUUGCAGAGGCUUCAAAUGAAAAAAGAUUCUCCUUCAAAAAAAAAUUCGAAGCCCUUAAAAAAUGACAACAAAAUGAUGAUCUUUUUGCAGAUAAGCUCGUUGAUCGACGUCAAGCAGGAAGACGACGACGGAAGUCCGGCGAUCAAAAAAUCACGCGACGAAUGA